AAAUAAAGUUUUAUUUGAAUUCAAUUUAAUUACUCCGUAUAUCAUAAAAUUUACUGGUAUUUCAUUUUUACAAAAAUUAGUAGUUUCCUUAAAAAAACAUUCCCCAAUCCUAAAUGAUGUGAUGUUUAAAUUGAUUAAGAAUUCCUAAAUUUCCAUCGGGGGAUAGUCUGCUUCUUACCCAGUUGAAUCCGAGCGUGGCUAGGGUUUUGAAGAGAAUGGAGUUGAAGAGGCGACGGAAUGAUGAAGUCCCGUCCGGUACGAACGGUGAAUCGAAGUCAAGUUCGAAGGGUCGCCGCCGGUCAUCGACGACGCCUAAGAUUGCCCUCUCAGAUCGGACGGUGAAGCUGUUAGAAGAGAAGGUUUCCUUUCCAAAUGUAUCCAAGCUUCGACGCCGAAACAUAAGAGCUUUGAUCUUGUCCCCCAGCUUAAGUAAGGAAAAUAAGAUCGGCUCAUAUUUUGACAGCCAAAGUCCCAUCUACUCCGAGUCCUUUGUAGAUGUGCUCAAAGUGGAGGUAGGAAAACAACUGAAUGUUUUUGAUUUGCUAGGGGGUAACCUCUUGAGGUUCAGCACCAAAUUCACAAGUUAUGUGGGUUCGUGUGAUCCGAAUAAAGGUGAGCAUGGGGUUUUUGAACCAGGUAAUGGUCGGACUCAAACCCCGGUAUUGAGACGUUGUGGUAAUGUUGUUAGGGGUGGUGUUGUUAGCGCCUCUGCCACCAGCACAACAACAGGGGGCAACAAAGAGAAUGUCAGCGUGGAAAGCACCCUAAGCCUUAAGGGUAAAUACGUUAUGAUUUGUUGCGUGUUUGUGCCUUCGUUAUGGUGUUCAGAAGACGGGCCGGGGGUGUAUUACACCUCUUUAGCUUCUCAUGAGUUGGCUAGAAGAGAUGAUUUUGUGAUGGUGGUGGUGCCAAUGAUGAGGGAGGGUUUCACUCAUUCCCACUCUGCCUACCAACACUUCUUGUCGGGUUUUUCCUGCCUCGCUGUCCCUUUCGAGGACUCUCAUCGGCGUGAGUUCAUUUGCUCAUCACUCGGGUUCGAUGGUAAGCUUAAGGCUUUACUUCUAGAUCCAUCUCACAGGGUGCUUCACCUUGGCCCGCCUCGCAUGUUUGAGUUUUACGGAGGGUCCGGGCAUGAUUGCCUUCCCUUUACUCCAAGGGGACAGAAGAUUGUUCUAACCUUGGAGGAUGAUCCGGAGAAUCGCUCCCUGGAUGAGGUUUUGGGCCUUAGCGACACUGAUGUUCUCUACAAUAUUGAAUAUCUCGCUGGCGGGGGCAGGUUGAAGGAGGAGAAGGAUGGGUGUAUUGCCAUUUCAAAACUCAAACAGAGGGUCGUGGGGCUUUACAUGUGCUCUGAUGGUAGAAGCUUAGAGAUGAUUCAGGAGGUCUACGAGGAUUGUAGACGGAAAGAGUAUGAGCUUGAAAUUGUGGUGGUGUGCUAUCCCUUCCCUGAGCAGGUUCCCCCAGCGUUGCACGAGGAGGCCAUCAUUGAAGCUCUUGCAAGUCAUGACCUGCUACGCUGGUGGUUUUUUCCCUUCAACAACACCGUGUGCCAUAGACUAGAGACAAUGUGUGAAAUUUACGGUCUUGACGAAUGUUUUCUCAUAGCUGAUCCCAGUGUUGAAAGGUGUGUCGAUCCCUACGGAAUUGAAAUCAUCCGUGACUUUGGCAUCGAUUGUUAUCCCUUCACCAGGAGGAGCUUGGUCGAGACGGAAUUUCACAGGAAAACGGAACUGAGAUUGAACUCACUACUACUUCCUUGGGAAGUGGUUCAUGCCUCGAUUGAUCUCGAAUCCACAAUUUCGAUUCCUGUGGUAAAGCUUAAGAACAAGAUUGUUCUUCUUUAUCUAUACAAAGAGGGAAUGAAAUAUCUAGCUAAUAAAUUGGCUGCAUGGUAUAAAAACAAUAUCAAGGGAAAGUAUUCAAAUGUUGAGGUGGUUGCUGUGAGCAUAGAUGGCAGCGACACCAGUGAUGAAGAAUUCAUGGGUAUGGGGUGGUUGGCAUGCCAUGGACUCCCACCCUUUGCAGCCAAACUCUGAAGAAUACUGGCAUCCGCGCUUAAAUCCACGCGAGGCUCUUGUUGCUUUUGACGAAGAUGGCCGGAUUACAUGUAUGGAUCCAGAUCACAUUUUGGUAUGUGAAGGUCCUCCUUUCCUGGGCGAUCUACGCGAAGAGAUUUGUCGGGAUUUUGAAGACGCUGGGUAUUUAUACAUGCCGCACUGAUGAUCAAGGCUGUAUUUAUCUAGUUUAGUUAGAUAUCCUAUGGAGUUAUUUAGACAGUUUAAUUUAAUUAUUGUGAUUUUUUUUGAGAGAGAAUUGUGAUGUAUCUUUAAUUAUAAAAAAGUUGAGUGGAAUUA